CGGAAGAGCGACCAGCCUGGGAGCAGAAAUGUCGCUGUUUGUUUACUUCACAGCAGCAGCUGUUUGUCUUUAUUUGUUAGUUUAUUACCAUGCUUUCAGAGGAGGAAGGUGUUCCAGUUCCGUGAAGCUGGAGGGGAAAACGGUGAUUGUUACAGGGAGCAACACCGGAAUCGGAAAGUCCACAGCUCUGGAACUGGCAAAGAGAGGAGCCAGGGUGGUCCUGGCCUGUCGCAGCCGGGAGAGAGCCGAGGCUGCAGCUUUUGACAUCCGCAGAGAGAGUGGAAACAACCAGGUGGUCUUCAUGGAGCUGGACCUGUCCAGUUUAAAGUCUGUUCGCCGUUUUGCUGAAACGUUUCUGAGGACUGAACCCAGACUGGACAUCCUGAUCAACAACGCAGGUGUGAUAGGUCCGGGACGUACUGAGGACGGCUUCGGUAUGGUGUUUGGAGUGAACCACCUGGGCCACUUCCUGCUCACCAACCUCCUCCUGGAGCGUCUGAAGCAGUGUUCUCCCAGCCGGGUGGUCACCGUGUCUGCUCUGCUGCACCGCUUGGGGAACAUCAACUUUCCUUUGCUGGACUCCAGGAAGGAUCUAGUUAGUGGGGAGUCCACCUGGUGCAGCUUUCAGGCGUACUGUAACAGUAAGCUCUGCAAUGUGCUCUUCACCAGGGAGCUGGCUAACCGGCUGGAGGGCAGCGGGGUCACAUGUUACACCCUCCACCCAGGAGUCAUCCACACAGAGAUGGGUCGCAACAUGAGCUGGUGGCUGCAGCUCUUCCUCACACCCAUAUCCAAGCUCCUCUUCCUGGACCCUGAGGGGGGAGCCCAGACCACCCUGCACUGUGCCCUGCAGGAGGGCAUCGAACCUCUCAGCGGACGCUACUUCUCCAGCUGUGCUCUGCAGCAGGUUGGCGCUAAAGGCCGAGACGACGCCCUGGCCAAGAAGCUGUGGGAAGUUAGUGAGAGGUUAACAGGCUUAUCAGAACAGGUUGAGUCCUGAUCCAUGGCCAGGAACCGGACCAGUUCUUUGUGCCUUACAACUGCUGACAGGCCAUUUACUUAUGGAGAGAUGUCAGGCGUGUUCCAGGAAGCAGAUUAUGAAAGAAAGAGAGUCUUACCCUGAGUCUGUUACCAUGGUAACUGACUCCAUUAAAUAAACCUUUAAAUCUAUCUCUGCUUUACUAUAAAGAAACUCUGAGUUUCAAAGUGCACAAAGUACAAAACUUGCUGUGAUGUCAGCUCAUGUUCAUGGUGACGUUGGAUAUGUACGGCUGGAGAAUCCGAAUGACUGCAAAAUGAUGAGACGAUGAUCAGGAGAGGGAGAGAGAGAUUAUUGGGGUAAGCCUUACCUCGAUUUCUGGAACAGAAAAAUCCAGAGUUUCCCUUCAACUCUAACAUACUCAGAGUUUAUACAUAACUCAGCUUCUGGAACAGGUCCCUGGUUUCCAGAAGGGGCCCAUCAUGGUCGCUUUGCUGAUGAAAGCACAUUUCCUGAAUGUCUGGAAUGAGACAACAUAGUGGACCUUUAUCUGGAACCAGCCUCACAUUCCAGCUUUGCAUGAAUGAAUCUGGCCUGCAGUCGGCAACGGAGCUGACAGAACCAAGCUCGGUGCAGAACCCUGGAGGAUCCUACGUUUGCAGCAGAAACUGUUGUUUUUCACAGUUUACAGAUUUAUUGUUCUUUUGUUGGUUUGUUUCUAUAAGAGGUUAGAAGUUUUGUUGGGAUCUGUUGAUGGAAAGCUGUUGUGUCUUUAAGACAAAUGUUUUCUCUGUGGUGGGAGAUGCUCCUCCAGUUAAAUAUGGUGACAUUCUUGUUGUGUUUCACCUUUUCUAAUAAAAAAUGUUCUCACCUGU